UGCAAUGCUGAACGGUCUCGGGGACGUUCUCGUGCUAUGUUGCCGGUGUACAAAGGGACAAAAGUGAGAAUAUGUUCGUUAAUUUUCGGAAAAGUGAAAACUGCUUUACAUAAGUGAAGCCCAGUCUCUCAUCUGAGAUACGUGUCGAGCUGAGCGAAAUCCCCCCACACCUCCCUACUGAGACGCCGGCCUCCCUGCCGCCCGCCCCCAUGCCGCCAUGCCCAUCAUCAGCAACGCCAACCAUGACUUCAGCAACCUGUCGGUCAGCGACGACAGCAGCCUGGACCGCAUCUUCACCGAGAUCCCAGAGACCGAGACCAUCAAGGGGGUCUACUACCAGCGCGCCCAGCUGAUCCGCCGGCCCGAGGACCUGCUGGCCGUGGAGCACGGCUCGCAGGCCGUCAUCAACGUGGGCGGGAACCGCUACGCCUUCCCCUGGACCACGCUGGAGGAGUUCCCGCUGACCCGCCUGGGCCGGCUGCGGCUCUGCAGCAGCUACGAGGAGAUCGUGCAGGUGUGCGACGACUAUGACGAGGCGGCGCGCGAGUUCUUCUUCGACCGGAGCCCCUCGGCGUUCCGCGUCAUCCUCAACUUCCUGGCGGCAGGCAAGCUGCGGCUCCUGCGCGAGAUGUGUGUCCUGUCGCUGAGCGACGAGCUGGCCUACUGGGGCGUGGAGGCCGCCUACAUGGAGCGCUGCUGCAAGCGCAAGAUGUACACGCGCAUCGAGGAGGUGGCCGAGCGUCAGCGGCGGGAGGAGGAGCGGCGGCGCACGAACGCGCAGGUGCGCCCCCCGGUGGAGGAGACGCGCUACCGCAGGAUGAUGAACUGGCUGCGGGACACGGUGGAGAACCCGCAGUCGGGCCUGCCGGGGAAGGUGUUCGCCUGCCUUUCUGUCAUCAUGGUCGCCGUGACAGUGAUCAGCCUCUGCAUCAGCACCAUGCCCGACCUGAGGGAGGAGGAGGACAGGGGCGAGUGCUCUCAGAAGUGCUACCACAUGUUCAUAGUGGAGACGGUGUGCGUGGGCUGGUUCUCCCUGGAGUUCCUGCUGCGCUUCCUGCAGGCCCGCAGCAAGCUGGAGUUUAUCCGCGGCCCGCUCAACAUCAUCGACGCCAUGGCCAUCCUGCCGUACUACGUGUCCCUGCUGGUGGAGGAGGAGGACCCGUCGCUGAGCCACGAGCGGCCCGGCGGCGGGAAGGGCUACCUGGACAAGCUGGGGCUGGUGCUGCGGAUCCUCCGGGCCCUGCGCAUCCUGUACGUGAUGCGGCUGGCGCGGCACUCGCUGGGGCUGCAGACGCUGGGGCUGACCAUCCGCCGGAGCAUGCGCGAGUUCGGCCUGCUGCUGCUCUUCCUCUGCGUGGCCGUCACCCUCUUCUCGCCGCUGGUGCACCUGGCGGAGAGCGAGCUGACGGGCGCCCACGACUUCAGCAGCAUCCCCGCCUCCUACUGGUGGGCCAUCAUCUCCAUGACGACGGUGGGCUACGGCGACAUGGUGCCGCGGAGCCUGCCGGGCCAGGUGGUGGCGCUCAGCAGCAUCCUGAGCGGGAUUCUCAUCAUGGCGUUCCCCGCCACCUCCAUCUUCCACAUGUUCUCCCGCUCCUACCAGGAGCUGAAGCAGGAGCACGACAGGCUCUACAAGGAGGAGUGCGCCGCGGCCGCCGCCACGAGCUCCGCGGCAACCGCCGCUGCUGCCGCCGCCGACGACGAGGGGGAGGAGAGGGAGGACGCCGACCCCUUCCCGCCCCCCGGGAAGUUCUACCUGGAUGCGGACCGUGCCCUUUCCCAGGAGUCCUUUAGCUUGCUGGAUCCCCCCCGAGACAACCAGCCGUGCCUCCCGUCCACGGCACUCUGA